CGACCAAUACCCGAUAUGAUGAUCAUACAAAACUUACAAAAUGAGCAUAAAAAAAGUCAAAAACUCAUUUGAAUUCUCCAAUGUGUUCAAGUAUUCAAUUGUUAUGCUCAUUUUUUAAUCGUUAUACUCAUUCGAAUAUAACAUAAACUCCUUUCUAUAAUAUGUACAUCUUUUUUUUACCAGAUGUACAUCUAGUAGCUAGAUUCGUUAUUUAACAAUCGGGGCUCCUUGGCGCACCCCAACCUUUACUAGGCGCGCCCACUUUUCCCCCUUCGUUGGACAAUUUUGUCCUCUUUCGAAUUUGAAGUCAGCUCGCCAAACUCAACUCGAAACACCUAGCGCACCAACUGACCAAAGUGCCGAAUUCCUUGCAUUGCUUUUGUUGGAGGUAUUGGUCCUACCAAGGCCUCCCUUCCACUUAUUAUGUUAAGGCCUGCACCCUAAGUUUAACUCUACUCCUCUUUAGCCCCUUGUCUCUAUCCUAGCUGUUUACUCACUUAUUGAACUGGCCUAUGGCCCUUUGUUUCUAUCCGUUGCUUUGUCUGGUGGGUGCCCCUCUGUUAUUUUGUCUUUGACCCUUGUGACUGACUAUAAGUCAGAGGGCAGCCCUUCUUUAUUGAGUGCAGCAAAUACAUUGUGUAUGAGUGAACCUAGUGCUGGCCAUCAGUCCUGGUCUUCUUCGUGAGGUACCAAAACAGUGAGUGUGUGGGCUGAUUUUCUUCUUCUUGUAAAGCUUCCUUGUGUGGGAGCUAGAGAGGUGUGAGAGGUUAAACUUGGAGAGUGGUGGAGUGGCUAAACAAUCCUGGGUGGUGUGUGUGAGUUGUUUUGGUUGGAGACCUGAGCUGAAAUACACACCCAACAGUGGUAUCAGAGCCAGGUUGUCUUCUCCGUCGAUUUCGCCGGGUUCUGCCGUCCGCCGCCGUCCGCCGCCGUCGUUCGAGGUCGCUGUCGUCGAUUAAAGCUUCGUAUGGUCUGAUAGCUUCUGGAUCUCAUCGUUUGGAGGUUCGUUCUUCAGUUGCUCGCAGAUUGCCAGAAGUUGAAGCCCCACCAUAGCCGCUUGGAAGCUUAGCCGUUUGUCACCGAGUUGCUGAGCUUGGUCGCAUGGACGCCGGAACAGACGCUUGAGGCAGAGAAAUCGUCGCCGGAGAGAGCUCGCCGAUCUGUUCGUCGCUGAGGCCGUCGCAGGGAGGUUCUCGCCGGAAACUCGCCGCCUGGAGAUUUGUCCGCACCAGGAUCCCAUCGCCGGAGUUAAUUUGCCGCUUGCUGGUGCUGAAUCGACGUCCAUAAGCUGAGGUUGGUCCGAGUUCGCGCCGUCGAUUCUCUGCUCGAAGAGGUCACGGACCAUCACUGUUGGUCUAGCUCGCCGUCGCGUGGAGAUCCGCCGUCGAAUCCACCACUGAAGCCGCCGUCGCCUGAGAGCUAGUCACGGUGGUCGCUCGUGGCUGGACCCAUCGCUCGUCCAUCGAAGCCAUCACCUGCGGUCUUUGUUGCUCGCAGAAGGAACGCCGAAAAAGUCUGCUGCGUUGUUUUUUCCUUUGAUGGUCCGCUAGGUUGCUGAAGGAGAAGUGGGGCUGGAGUGCUGGACGAAUGCUUACCUUGGAGCAGGAGAGUUGGACUGGAUUCUGGGCUGUUGAGCUACGGACUGCUGGGCCGGGCUGUUUGUCUGCUGAAGCUGAAGCAGGAGACUGUUGCUGACUUGCUGGGCUUGAAUGUUCGGGCUGGACCUGGAGCACAAGAAAUAAUUGAUCUACUGCUCGGUCAACUCAAUCAAAGCACGGUCAACUCUGGUCAAAGGCAGUCAAUAGUCAGUCAACGGUCUGAAAAAAUCCCAAUUUUUUAAAUUGGGUGGGUAAGGUCGAAACGCCUCUCCUAGGGUUUCGCUCCGGUAUAUUAUCUUUAAUCCUUUUUUAUCGCUUUUGUAGUGAUUUAAUCUUUUAUUGUGUAGAAAUUCUUGUUUUAGGUUUAUUAUUGCUGUUAAAAUUUGAUUAAAUUGUUGUGUUGUUCUGUGCUGAAAAUUUAUUAUUUAUUUGUGCUUAUACGGAAGAACAAGGGGUUUGAACUUGAGUUUGGUGCUCAUUAAUACUCCCCGCGUGUUCGUGCUAGUUGCUCCGUAUAUUCGUAGCCUUAUAAAUAUUUAAAUUGUUUUUAGCGAAAAUUUACAUUUUAUUUUGUUGCUUGUUUUUCUCUGUGAAAAUGUCUGCUUAUAAUCAGUAUGGUAUGGCUCCAUUUAAUGGAAAAUCUGAUUUUAGCAUUUGGAAGCAAAAAAUUAAAUGUAUUUUAAUACAACAAAAAUGUUUUAAAGCAGUUGGCGAAACCUAUUUAAUUUCUGACACGGAAGAUAAAAGGGCCGAAAUGAAUGAAAAUGCAUGUUCUGUGAUUUAUUUGAACUUAUCUGACUCUGUGAUUAGAAAAGUUGGAAUUUUAGAAAGUGCUAAAGUUCUUUGGAAUAAAUUAAAUGAACUGUAUACUGAGACCUCUUUGCCUAACCGGAUAUUUUUACUUGAAAAGUUCUUCAAAUUUAGACUAGAUAUGUCUAUAGAUAUUGAAGAAAAUCUAGAUGUUUUUACCAAACUUAUUUCAGAUAUUAAGUUGUGUGGUGAUAAGCAUAUAGAUGAUUAUUCUCCCAUUGCUCUUUUAAAUGCUAUUCCUGAUUCCUUUAGUGAUGUGAAAUCUGCUAUUAAGUAUGGUAGAGAUAAUGUGACUCUUGACAUUGUGGUUAAUGGUCUUAAGAGUAAGGAAUUAGAUUUAAAACAGAUGGGUGAGGGUAGAAAAUCCGAGGAAGUUAUGCAUGUGAGGGGUAGAGAAAAUAAUAGUAGACGACAUAGAUCUAAGUCUAGGUCUAAUUCGAGGCGUUGCUAUUAUUGUCACGAAUCUGGUCAUUUCAUAAGAGACUGUCCUAAAUCUAAGAAAAAUGAGCAUAGUGAGCAUGCUAAUUUGACUACGUGCGUAGAUGAUUUAGGUGAUGUGCUUAUGAUGAAAAAUCUAUGUGAUUAUGACUAUUUGAGUUCUGUGAUAUCUGAUUCCUUGUGUAAAUCAGAUUGGGUGGUAGAUUCUGGUUGUAGUUUUCACAUGUCCCCUAUGAAAAAUGUUUUUUCAAACUAUAGAGAGAUUGAGCAUGGCUUUGUGUUUUUAGCAAAUGAGAAGAAAUGCAAUGUGCUAGGAAUAGGAGAUGUAUGCCUUAGGUUUUCUUCUGGUUAUGUGCUUACUUUGAAGAAUGUUAGGCAUGUUCCUGAGCUGUGUUGUAAUUUGCUAUCUUGUGCUUCUCUUGAAAAUGAGGGUUUGAAGGGAAAAUGGGGAAAGGGAAUCAUGAAAGUUGUGAAGGGUUGUUUAGUUGUUUUCAAAGCUGAGAUGAAAAACAACUUGUAUGUUUGUCAUGCUGAACCCCUACUUGAUUCUGUGAAUUGUGUGCAACCUUGUGUGCUAGGAAAACAGUCUAGAGUUGGUUUUCCUGAUCUGCCUAAGUGUACUAAUGUGCUUGAUUGUAUUCAUGCUGACUUGUGGGGUCCUUAUAGUGUUUCCACUCAUGGUGGGAAAAAUUAUUUUCUGACGUUUAUUGAUGAUUUUUCAAAGAAAGUGUGGGUUUUGUUGAUUGAAAAUAAAUCUGAAGUUUUUGAUAAGUUUAAAAACUGGAAAACCCUUGUUGAAAAACAAACCGGUAAGAAAAUAAAUUUUUUAAGGACCACUGUCAGUUUUGAUUUCUGUGAUGAUCAGCUUGGAGAUUUAUGUGAUACUUGGGGUAUUUCUAUGCAUAAAUCUGUUCCCUCCACACCCCAACCGGAUGGGGUUGCUGAGAGGAUGGUUAGAACUUUAUUAGAGAGGGUGAGGGCUAUGUUAGCUUCAUCUGGGCUCUCUAAUAAGUUCUGGGGGGAAGCUAUUUGUUAUGCUGUUGAUUUGAUUAAUCUGUCCCCGUCUGUUCCCUUAGAAGGGAAAUGCCCCGAAUCUGUGUUCAUGGGCAAACCACUUAACUUGCCAAAUUUGAGAGUGUUUGGUUGUCUUGCUUAUGUGAAUUGUGUGAAUGAUAAAUCUGAACCUAGGACUAAGGAAUAUGUUUUCUUAGGAUAUCAUGAUUGCAUGAAAGGUUAUAGGCUUUGGUGUAGGAGUGAAACUUGCUUCAAUGUGUUGAUGAGUAGAAAUGUCAUUUUUGUUGAAAAUGAAUUUCCUUGCCUGCUUGUUUCUCCUGAUGUUGCUCCAAAUGAGGUGGAGCAUUUGCCUGAUGUUCAUUCUGAUUUACUUGUUGAAACCGAACCCAAAUUUGUGGAUGAAAAUGUUUUUCAUGGUGAAAAUAAAGAAAAUAAUAUUUCUAUUAAGGUGGAGCAUGAUAUGAAUGUUAUGUGCAAUAUGCUUGAGUUGCGUGAUUGCCAUGUUAUUAGAGAUAGAGACAUUAUGAAGCAUGUGAGAAAUGAUAUGUGCAAUGUGUUUGACUAUAUUUCCUCUGAGUUUGCUUUAAAUGUGCUUAAUUCUCUUUUAAUUAAAAUCUUUGUGAUAUUUGGUAUGCUAUUUUCUUUGUGUUUUGAAAAUGUGAUACCAUGUGAUUAUGUGAGCUCCGCCUGUGCUAGUUAUAGAAAUAAUAUUGUUUCUUUUAUUUUCUUUGUACUUGCUUUGUGUGGUUAUUGGAUUAGUUGGAAUCCCCAACUUCUCCCGGAUGCUUGCUUGCGUGGUCUAUUAACAUGUGUUGUUCUUGUUAAUAGUUUUGUGAUGGUUUUGGUUCUGAACUCGAGGACCGAUUGGUAGAGUUCAGUCCAUCGUGAAGUGGGUUUGCACGGUAAGCUUGGUCCGAAAGGGAACUUUGGUUCUCAUCUAUUACUUGUAUGAUCGCAAUGAUGUACUUGUAAUGGUUCAGCGAUGAUGAGUCUCCUCACAACCGUGUAUUUGUUACUCUACACCACCUAGGACCAAUAAGGUGGAGAAUGUUGGAGGUAUUGGUCCUACCAAGGCCUCCCUUCCACUUAUUAUGUUAAGGCCUGCACCCUAAGUUUAACUCUACUCCUCUUUAGCCCCUUGUCUCUAUCCUAGCUGUUUACUCACUUAUUGAACUGGCCUAUGGCCCUUUGUUUCUAUCCGUUGCUUUGUCUGGUGGGUGCCCCUCUGUUAUUUUGUCUUUGACCCUUGUGACUGACUAUAAGUCAGAGGGCAGCCCUUCUUUAUUGAGUGCAGCAAAUACAUUGUGUAUGAGUGAACCUAGUGCUGGCCAUCAGUCCUGGUCUUCUUCGUGAGGUACCAAAACAGUGAGUGUGUGGGCUGAUUUUCUUCUUCUUGUAAAGCUUCCUUGUGUGGGAGCUAGAGAGGUGUGAGAGGUUAAACUUGGAGAGUGGUGGAGUGGCUAAACAAUCCUGGGUGGUGUGUGUGAGUUGUUUUGGUUGGAGACCUGAGCUGAAAUACACACCCAACAGCUUUGUAAAUUAAAAACAUACGUUGUAGGUUUUGGUACUUCGUAUUUCAUUUAAUUUUGUUUUUGUACUCAAAAUCUUAAGAUUAUCUAAAUAGUAAUCUUGACUUUCACACUAGCAAGAUAUUUAUUUACCUUGAUUCAUAUUAAUCCAUGCAUCUGUCUCACUAGUUGAAUUUCAAUUAUUCUUUUUGAUUCGUUCAUUAAGUUUGUCGAUUUUAGUGUUACAUUUGGGUGGUCACAUACGUUUUUUCAUUCACCUUUUUAUUGAGCAUUGUCUUUAUUCUGUUACUUGUCAUAUAAAUAAUUAAAAAUGUUUUUAAUUAGAGUGAUUUUGAUCGCAUACUAGACUAGACGUAAAGAGAUUAGACCUAAUCAGAUUUUGGCGGUUGUAAAACACACAGAAUAGACCGGCCUCUAACAGAUUAGAUCCGCUUAGAAACUUGUAUAGUGUAAUGAAUACUUUUCAAAUGGGAAGGGCUCCACCUUUUAAAACUCGAUCAACAUCAUGUUGAUUCCACAUUACGUCCAUAUAUUUUACAUCAAUGAUUGCAUAUGCUAACGACAUUUAGAGUCUCUCAUAUCAAAUUUGAUAAAGUAUGUGUGGUUCUAAAUCAUUCUUAUUUUAUUACUACUUUAUUGUUACAUUAUCAACUCAAUAUCAACUACAUAAUUAAAUAUUUUUCUGAGUAUCAUUGUUACUUUCUCAUGUCGCAAAUCCCAAUGUUAGCUGGAUGGGGGUGGUAAUAUUUAAGAAAAAACCUAUUACAUAAGUAUCUAAUAAAAACUACAACAAUCUCCAAAGUCUUAGGAUGUUUUUACUUGGACUGUUUUCAGUUCAGACCAGAUCAGAGCAAACCAGACUUUGAUAGUUAUAAAAUACACAGAGAUCAUACAUUUACCCGACCAGACCAGUUCAGACCAGACCAGACCAGAUUAGACUAGACCAGAGCGGCAAAUUUCAGCUCAAAUAAAAGCAUCCCUAAUCUUAAAGUUUUUUGGGGUCAACUAAAAAAGGUAAGAUAUGAUAAAAAAUAGAUAGUUUAUGUAUGUCUCACUUUCUAUUUUGAGAUGUUCUUUAUUAUUUGUCCCCCUUUCCAUUUUUAGAAUUUUUUUCCAUUAAAUAUUCUUAUACACCCUCAUUCACUUUCCUACUUUUUCAUUCACUUUCCUACUUUUUCAUUCAAACACAACCCACUACGUACACCUUUUAAACUAUCCCUAUUAUUUUCCCCUUAAAAAUUGUGUCAAACUUUAUACUCCCAUCUAUUAGAGAACGGAGGGAGGGAGUAUAAUAUAAAUGAUUAUAAAAAGAAUAUCUUUUCAAAAGUUUAUAAAUGCAAAUAUCUGUCAUAUAAAAGAUUAUGAAAAAUUAUUUAAUUCAAUAUAUUUUUAUCAAAGUCGGAGAGUAAAUGUAAAUUGUACGUAGUAUAACAAUUUUAAAAUCAUAAUUGUUCGACACAUUUAAAAAAAAUGAUAUUUGCACUUCAACUUAAAUUGAAUCAAUUUUGACUCAUCAAACGUAAUUGUUAAGUGGCACAUAACGGGUUUUGUUUUUAACUUUAAGGGACUAAUUAUACUACGUACAAUUUAUAUGGUCCAAAUAGAAACUUUAGUUAAAAAAACUAAAGGGGGGACAAAAUGGUCCAGCUAAGGUUGCGUUUAGCAAUUCUAGGGGUGUGCCUAGCAACCCCUUUAACAAUUGUGUAUGCAUAUUUAUUUUAAGUUAUACUCAUUUUAGUUUAACACUAAACUCAUGUUAGUAGUUAACACACAAUAUUUAAGUUGGAAGGUUGAUUGGAAAAACAAAAAACAAACUCAAACAAUAAAUAAUAUUUUAUAUAAUCAUAAUAAAUUGAAUAACAAAUAAAGUAAAAGAUACUUCGUAUUAAAGAAAAAAUAAAGAAACCAAAAGCAACAAGAAAAAUAAAUAAAAAGAAAGAAGCAAAACAAAAAGUCAAAGCAAUGAAGAAAGACAGGAAACGAAGAGAAAAGAGAAAGAGUUAAGCAGUUAACAUGAGUAGGGCGCUGACGGAGGAAAAAAGAAACUAACGUAAGACAGAAAAUAAAAAAAAUAAGCUGGAACGUAAAUAAUACAAAGAGGAGCACGUUACGUAAAUAAUAGGCUCGAACUUCAAACAUAUUACAAAAAUACCUGGUUGUACCAUGCUCAAGGUACAGCCAGUUGUACGAUAUAAUUUACCCAUCAACAGGGCGGAGCUACGUUAAUGGGUAAGGGGCCAUUGCCCCUCCUAGUUUUUCAAUUUUUUAAUAAAAAAAUUACUAUUUCGAAUAUCCCCCUUCAUUAAAUUAUGGAAGACUCUAGUACUACCAAAUCUGUCACUCGUGUUGGAAUCUAUGGCUUCUUCAGAAUACUUAUCCUUGACUUAUUAUAAUCAUUAUAUUACAUCUUAAACCUACUUUGUUUUUUUUGGAUGACCUUAAACCUACUUUGUUGGUAAAUUAUUAAUAAAAAUAAUAAUAUGAAAACUAAUACUCCCUCCGUCUCUCUAUUAAGUUCCUACUUUGACUUACACACAUAUUUAGGAAAUAAAUUUAACUUUACUGUUUAGACACUGUUUGACACUGUUUAGACACUGUUUGACAUUGUUUUGCACUGUUUGACACUGUUUUGAUGUAGGAUAACUUUCCAUUUAGGGAAAUGAGAAGAUUAUUUUGGGACAGUCCAAAAA